AUGGGUAUAGGAUACUCCAGCCCUCAACCUCCUCAGGAGGAGAAGAACCCUCGUGAAUUAACCGCAGCAAUGACCUUGCGACAGCUGGUGUCCGGGAACACGGUCGACGUGCGCUUUGAAACCGAGGAAGCUCCCCCUCCAUACAGCGCCCGCGAGCGAACGACCGUUCUUGCGAUCUCCCAGCUCAAGGACUGGGAAGACAACCUGCUUAAGGAUCCCAAGAACCGACUGGCUAUCUCCAGUCUAGCCAGGAGCCCUUAUUUGCAAGUUCUCACCAACCAGUCGGCCCUGAGGUCGGAUGCCCAGGUGUUCAAUGUUCGGAUUCCUCUCGAGGGUGGCCCAAUCACCAACCAGCGCUCGUCGGGCCGUUGCUGGCUCUUUGCGUCGACCAAUGUCUUCCGUGUACCCCUCAUGAGAAAAUACAACGUUCCCGAGCUGGAGCUCAGUCAGGCAUACCUUUUCUACUGGGACAAAAUUGAGAAGGCCAACUGGUUCUUGGAGACAAUUAUCGAGACGGUCGGCGAGGAUCUGUCAGGCCGACUGGUGCAGAAACUCCUCGAGUCCCCCGUCACGGACGGAGGCCAGUGGGAUAUGGUGGACAAUCUGGUGCAGAAGUAUGGCCUGGUGCCGCACGCGAUCUACCCUGAUAAUUUCAACGCCCAAAAUAGUAGCAAGAUGAACUGGCUGAUCACUGCCAAACUGCGCGAGCACGCAUUGGUUCUCCGGCGACUGGCACGGAGCCCGAGUGUGAAGGAACGGGAAACGCUGGCAGAGACAAAGGAGGCGUUCCUGCAAGAAAUCCAUAGCUUGGUCACUAUCAUGCUAGGACCACCGCCCAAUCCUGAGCAGCCAUUUGUGUGGCAAUACUACGAUGCCAAUGGAAAGUCGCAGGAGAUCCGUGAAACUCCGCGAGUCUUUGCCAAACAGGCCACGGUGCAGUUGACCCGGACGGAAGUCAACCCUAAGCGAAUGUUGAGCUUGGUCAACGAUCCUCGCAACGAAUACAACCGUCUGCUGACGGUUGAUAAACUGGGAAACGUGGUGGAGGGACGUCCUAUUACUUACAUCAACGUCGACAUGAAGACACUCAAAUCGGCCGCCGUCGCGAUGCUUCGGGCGGGCCAUCCCGUUUUCUUUGGCUGUGACGUGGGGAAGUUUUCCGAUCCUGCUCCGGGAGUCAUGGACACGGAGCUCCUGGAUCUCUCACUGGGUUUCAACGUCUCGCUGGGUAUGAAUAAGGCGAGCAGACUUGAAACGGGCGAAUCAUCCAUGACCCACGCCAUGGUGUUGACGGCCGUCCAUCUUGAAGACGACAAGCCCGUGAGAUGGCGAGUGCAAAACUCAUGGGGCGAAAACUCCGGCGACAAGGGCUGGUUCGUGAUGACCGACCGAUGGAUGGACGAGUAUACGUAUCAGGUAGUGGUUGAUUCCCGGUUUGUUUCCAAGGGGGUGCGAGACGUCCUGGACCAGACCCCCAAGGUUUUGCCACGAUGGGAUCCCAUGGGCGUCCUGGCGUGAUAGUAGCCGAUCCCGGUAAUAGAUGGAGUCGGUAUUUCUAAUGAUAGUAAUGAGCGUUCUGGCAAGCGAGAGCACCCAAUACGAAGCGAAUCC